AUGGAAAUGUGCUGCAUUCUUGAAGUAGAUGUCAAAGGCCUGAAGACUUUCCUGGUGGACAAGGUUUGGGGUCAUUCAUCAAUUCAUCCCGUGGCUUUGGAAGGCGAAAACAUUUUGGAUGAAGCGAAAGCCUUCUCAACUGGGAUUGUCCGAGAGAGAGUCUCCGGUUUGGAUGGUCAGCUCUUGAAACGUGCCGUCCAUGCUUUGGAGCUUCCGAUGCACUGGAGGGUCCAGUGGUUCGACAUCAAAUGGCAAAUUGGUUUGUAUGAGCAACAGGAGGACAAGCAAAGUAAUCUGCUUGAGCUUGCAAAACUCAAUUUCAACACGGUCCAAGCCACACACCAAAGAGACCUUAGAGAAAUAUCCAGUUGCUUCGGUAAAUUCGGGUGGUGGAGGGAUCGGGGACUUAUCGAACAUGUUAACUUCACGAGGGAUCGGCUGGUCGAAAGUUUCUUGUGCGCCCUUGGACUCUCUCAGGGAUCACGAUUCAGCUCUCUCCGAAAAUCUCUUACCAAGGUCAUCAUCUUGAUACUGGUGAUCGACGAUAUCUACGACCUAUAUGGUUCGUUGGAGGAGCUGGAAUGCUUCACCGGUGCCAUUACGAGGUUGGCCACCAUGCCUCCCAAUCUCUACCUUUCGUGUUUGUUCAGCUCAUUUUCUCUAAUUGGAAAGUCCAAUGCUUCUAGAUGGGAUUCAGAGCAGAUUUAA